AUAUCUAUGAACGUUCGAUCUUAAAGAAACAAAAGCAUCAUUGCUCAAUUUUCUUUACUCCUUCCAUUUUUCCUGUUAAACAUGAACAAGAUUCAUUCGUGUUUGUCUAAAUGCGUGACUGGAUUCUUCUUCAUUCUUCUCUUUGCUAUCUUGGCCUCCUCAACAUGCAUAUGUGAAGCACAGGAUCAAGAAAAAGAAGGGAAACCAACUGAGGUACUCAAGUACAAACUAGCUGCCAUAGCUUCUAUUCUUGUGGCUAGUGCUUUAGGAGUUUCUCUCCCAUUCUUGGUCAAGAACAUAUCUAGACUGCAACCUGAUGGAGAAAUCUUUUUGCUGGUCAAGACAUUUGCUGCUGGGGUCAUCCUGGCAACCGGCCUAAUUCACAUCCUUCCUGAUGCUUUUGAUAGCCUAGCAAGUCCGUGCCUUGCUCAAUAUCCGUGGCAUAGUUUUCCUUUUACAGGUUUUGUGGCAAUGAUGGCUGCUAUUGGGACCUUGAUGAUGGAAAGUUUUGCAACUGGGUAUAAAAAGAGGAUUGAGCUGAGCAAGGCUCAGCCUUGGAAUGGUGAUGAAGAUGAAGAAGUUAGUGAUCAUGGUGGUGGAGCUCAUGGGGGUCAUCUUUAUGGUUCUUCUUUUGUGUUGGAGAGAAAAGAUUCAUCAGAACUUGUUCGGAACCGCGUUGUUUCCCAGCUUUUGGAGUUGGGAAUUUUAGUUCAUUCUGUAAUCAUUGGAAUAUCAUUAGGUGCUUCAGUAAAAACAAAGACAGUGAAGCCUCUUGUAGCAGCACUUACGUUCCAUCAAUUUUUUGAGGGAAUGGGACUUGGUGGAUGCAUCUCUCAGGCAAAAUUCAAGCAGAGAGCUGUAGCGAUAAUGUUUCUGUUUUUCUCCAUCACAACUCCUACUGGAAUUGCAGUUGGGAUUGGCAUAUCAAACAUGUACAAUAGACAAAGUUCAACUGCACUCAUUGUUCAAGGGCUUCUAAAUUCAGCAUCUGCUGGGAUACUGAUUUACAUGGCACUUGUUGAUCUCCUAGCAAAUGAUUUCAUGAACCCAAAAAUGCUGAGCAAUUUUAGGCUUCAACUUGGAGCAAAUUUCAUCCUUGUGUUAGGAGCCGGUUUUAUGUCAGUUUUGGCCAUAUGGUUGUAAAAUGUAAAUCUCCUCUACUCAUUACUGCUCUAGCAGGCAGAGGAACUUCAUCUUAUAUUUCCUUUUGUUUAGAGCUCUAGAGCUUCUCCUCCAUUCUUGAAGAAGUAGAAUGUUUGUAGGAAACAUAAAAUGCAACCACUUAAAUAUCAUAUUCUAUUUAGCCAGCUAAGUUUUCAGAAGAGAGUGAAUAUGUGUUUACCAGAUAAAUUUAAUGCAAAAUU